AUGUCAGCAGCUAAACUACAGUCUAUGAGGACAGAACUGGAAAGGCUACAUAAAGCUGAACGUAUGGAAGCUAAUAAGACUGCUGAAGCCCAAAGGAAAAUAGAAUCCAGAAAACUAGCUGCUCACAGAUUGUCCCAAGAGACAGAGGAGGAAGAGUGUUCCCAACCCUCCUCUCCAAAGCGCAUCAGGAGGAACCUACCUACUGAUCCCAAUAAUGAUGACCUAGAUGAAGAUGAGGAGGCUCUAGCAAGAAGUCUGCCUCCUGUCAUCAACUCUAGAUCUUCAUCACAUAGACAAGUUGACUCUGAUGAAGAGGACCAGAGUCAGGAGAUGGAGACAGAGAUGGAGUGUCUUGACAAAAAUAAUAAAUGUGUUUCAAAUACUGAGAAUGAUCAGGAAAGCAGAGGGGAGAAUGGAGAGGAGGGUAAUAGUAAUGACAUAAUUGAGGUCAGUGAAGAGGGUCCACCUGUUGGCAAGCGCAAGAGAUCUCACAAUGGCACCAGAAAGGAGCAAGUCACUUUGUCUAUACUGGAGAAGAGUGUCAGAGAUCUUGCUAUAGCAGGACAUGAUUAUCUACGCAUGUAUAUUGCUACUCAAAACACUUUUCCUGACAGCACCACCAAAGCUUCUUUCUCCUGGAAGCGCUUGGAGGAAGUUAUAGCUUCUCGCAAGGAAUUAAAACAACUUAUGGAGCAAGAGUUGAAGGUGCAGAAGAUCAAAGCGAUGCUCAUAGACUAUGGCGUCUCAUCUAUGAGAGGAACAGUGGCCAACAAAGCUAGGGAGACUAUAGGUGAUGCAUUGGGACUUUCAGGGAUGAAGAGAAAUGACAUUGUGGAGGCAGUUGAGUGGAUGCUGAAGGAUCUUAAGAAAGUUCGUAAGGGAGGUGAAGGCGAUGAAGAUAUUUCUUUGCCUUUUAUUUCUGGUGACUUGGACAUCAAGAAUAAGACUUUCAACCAGAACAAACCUUUUGGCAACCAUUUUUUUCUGUGCAUGUAUCAUCUGUUCUUUAUAGGCAAUAACCCUGAUGGGGUUCGUUACAUCCAACACUUCAGAAACUCUCCUCUACCCCUCCUUGCCCUCAUCACAACAGUGAUGGAGUGCACUCUCUCUUGCUGGGAGACUGAAGUAUCAAUUCUAUUUACGCUUUCUCAAGAAUAUUCAGGAGAAGGCUUCAAGGUGGCAAUGAAAAUGAGGGAAGAGAUGUACCAGAAUGUUCUGGAAGAAUCUAAUACAACCUAUCUUCUUCAUAUAGAGGAUGAUGGUAAUGGUGCCGGUGGCAAUGGCAGGCAGGAGGGUAAGAUAGAUGUAGAUUAUGAUGCACUGGAAGCAUCUGCAGCUUGA